UCGCGUCAAACUACUAUUGUGUUGACAUUUUCAGAUAACGUGGUAUUAAUAACACAAAGCUGCACAAGGUGAUUAGGACAUUUGUGAUUUAUUCGCACGGAGGACUAAAGUCUAUUGACGGCAAGCCACGGAAUAUAUACAAAGCGGCAAGCGACGUGUGUUAUGUUUUGAAGGUUGUUUUGCUACAAACGAUGGAUAUACCGACUCCAACUAACCUUAACCACAGCGGACUCACGCACAGUACGGACGGGUUCCUGAAUAUUCCUAUCGGUUCGUCAGCUUUGGACGCUCUGUCAACGAAACGGAGAAGCUCUUCGCGCACGAUAAAACGCAAAAAAUUUGACGAUGAGGUCGUGGAAACAACGUUCAAUCUACAACCGCCUCCUACAAGCGCCAAAUCAACGUCGAAAUCACGAACGAUUUCGGUAACCGCCGGCCCCAUGGACAUCUUGCCGACGCAAACGUUGCCAACUCCGAUACCGAUUCCGACCACUUUGGUACAGUCGGACAGAUGCAAUCGUAGACCCAGCAGACCAAGCGGUUCAAAUCCCGGACGAAAGAAUAAGAAGAGUAAAAAUCAUUCUCAUUCAUUCAACGCCACCAAAGAUCUCGGUCGAUGGAAACCCGCUGACGACUUGGCAUUAAUUACUGGCGUACAACAGACAAAUGAUUUAAGGAUGGUCCAUCGAGGUACAAAAUUUUCCUGUCGUUUCACACUGCAGGAAAUACAGCAAAGGUGGUAUGCGUUAUUAUAUGACAGUGCGGUUUCGCGUGUAGCUGUGCAGGCUAUGCGUAAUUUGCAUCCUGAACUAAUAGCCACUAUUCAAGCAAGAACUUUAUAUAGCAAAGCAGAAGAGGAUUUAUUAGGCACUAUUAAAUCGACUUCUCAACCAACAUUGGAAGUAUUUCAAGAAUUACUUGAAGCAAAUGCACAUACGUUUUAUCCAGCUAGGACUGCGAAAGCGUUACACAGCCAUUGGCAAUUGAUGAAACAAUAUCACUUAUUGCCGGAUCAGACAGUGCAAAGUUUACCACGAGGUGAACACGUGUUAAGUUUUUCGGAUGCCGAAGAUAUGAUUAACGACACCGAAUUAAUGGAACCGAAAGAUGAAUUAGUGGACACUGAAUUGGCAACGGCGGACAGAAAAAACAAGAAAGAAAUUAAAGUAUUGGAAAAUGAACUUGGUAGAUGGCAGGUACUUGUCGACAGCGUAACAGGCAUCAAUCCUCCAGAAUUUGAUAAUCAAACCUUAGCCAUUUUAAGGGGAAGACUUGUCCGAUAUCUUAUGAGAUCUAGAGAGAUAAGUGUGGGACGUUCUACAAAAGAUCAUACUGUUGACGUGGAUCUUGGUUUAGAAGGUCCAGCGUGGAAAGUUUCGCGUCGACAGGGUACCAUCCGUUUAAGGAAUAAUGGAGACUUCUUUCUGUCGUCCGAGGGAAAACGGCCGAUUUUUGUAGACAGCAGACCAAUUUUGGCUGGCAAUAAGAUGAAAUUGAAUAACAAUAGUGUAAUUGAGAUUGCAGGACUGAGGUUCACAUUUUUAAUAAACCAAGAACUCAUCUCUGUGAUACGACAAGAAGCUGUUAAAUUAAAUUUAAACCCUUAAAAAGACAUCAAAAAA